GGCAAACAAUUAAGUAUUUCCUUUUCGCUCUUUUCUUCCCUUUUUCCUUUUCCUUUCCCUCUGCUAUCCUUUGUUCUUUUUAUUUUUCAUCAAUCAUCGUCAUUAAAAAUAAACUCAUCUAUCAUUGAUCCCAAAAGGAAGCCACCCGUACGUACAGACCUUAGAAUAGCUGGGAGGGUGCAUGGUGACGAAUCAUACAAGAGAUGCUUAGUGUGUGUAUGUGUAUGUAUAUGCGUAAAGACCAGACAACAGCCCUUUUCUCUUUCUCUCUCUCUACUCUUUCCCCUGGUAUCCUCUUUACAUGACAUGAUGUCUUUAAUCAGCACACAGCUACAACAACUCCUGUUCUUCCAGCUGUUGCCGAGGAUGUCCCUGCUCUUGCUCUUACUUCAGUCUCCAACUACAACACAUGCUGCCCCACUGCUAGCAAAACGCGGCGAAACCGGCCAAGGACAAUCUCAACCCUUCUGGAUCUCGGUUGUGGCCGUCGUUUCCAUAUUGGUUGCCGUCAUCAUGGGUGUCCUCGUGGUCUAUUGCUGCAUCCGAUCCAGAAAACAGCAACGACGGCGGCAACAGAAACAGCAACAGCAACAGCAGCAGCAGCAGCAGCAGCAGCAAACCUGUGGUAGUACGAAAUCAAAGAAUCGACAAGACGACGAAGACGAACUUUUGUCUAAAGACAACAGCCAGCAACCUAUGAUGAUGCAUGCCAGCAGCAGUACUACUUCCCCCGGCAGGACCGGCAAUGAUAAUGGCGGUAACAAUUCCUCUGUUGUUAUUGUUCGUGAAACCUCUGAUGCUGAACUCGAGUCGUCCAAACGAAAUCGGUUGUCGGCCUUGUUCUUUGGUCAGCCACCUUCCCUAAGUUCCCAACUACAACAACCUCGAACACUUACAGCGCCUAACGAAAAGGUCGAGCUAUCUGCACAAGAUGAUCAUCAUCAUCUACAUCGCAUAUACAUCGAGGAAAAAGAACGGUUACAACUGCAGCAACAAGGAGAAGCAGGCGCAGGAGGAAAACAGUCGGCUAGAAAAAAGAUAAAGAAAAAGAACAGCAGUAAUAUCAUGGGAGGCACUUGGACGUCGGCAGCUUUUGCCUCGCUCGGUCGAAAAUCGGUAGCGUCGGUGCAAUGGGUCGGAUUCCGUGGAUCAAUGGACCGUCAACCGCAACAAAACAGUGGUUUGUUUGUCGUAAACAAUGACGAUCAGCAUCAUACCCAACAUCAACAGCACCAGUACUAAAUACCUCUCGAUAAACGCAUCAAUACAAAUCACCUUCAAACAGCAGACACAGACUAAUCAUCCUAUCCUACAUUCUACUUCAUGCACAUGCACACACACACACAACAACCAUACUUACGAUCAUUCCGCACAUCAACCAUAUCCCAAAAGACAGUCGAGUCUAUAGUACAUAAUCUCCUACUUCUUCUUCUUCUUCUUCUUCUUCGUAGUAAUAGUAAUAAAAAUUUGUUCUUUAUUCGUAUACAUUAUCUUCCUUGAUAUCUUCAAAUAUAACCUCCAUGUAAUCAUUUUCCG